GUGGUGCGCACUCUCGCGAUACUUGAAGGUACCGCAGCGACCAGAAGGAGGAGAGGUUUGUAAACAGGGCAGCUCCAAGAUCUAGGGCACUGAGGGGGAAAAAAUUAGACCGUCUUCUGGGCACCGGAGCUCCCUCCCUCUCCGCAGGAACGCUCUCCAUGUCUAACAUUUCUUUCAACCGGCCUUUUAGGACCGGAAGUCCUCCGUCCUGAGCGUCCAAUACUGGAAGCGGCCUCUCUUUACCGGAAACCCUUUUCCAGGGGGAUCGGAAGACGGCCUACCUGGCCGGAAGUCCCACCUCUUUGAGAUUCCCCCACCCUUCCUUAAGUUUUUCUGUUACUUAUUUGCCUUCGUUUCUAGUCUCCGUUUUAUUUCUGCACCAGAGAAAGCUACAUUGUCUCCCUCCCAGCUCCACUAGGCUGGUUUCAUACCUCACUUCCCGAGUAGUCGGAGUUCCUUCCCCGACGCCCCCAUGUAGCUGAGAAAGUGGGACCUGGGGGUGGUUGGACCCCUGGGAUCCUGAAGGAGAGGCAGAGAGGGCGCAGAACUCGGCUUCUGCUCCUGCUAUCAGGACGCGACCUCUUCAGCCUUACCCCUCCCGCUGCCAUGCACCCUGCGGCCUUCCCGCUUCCUGUUGUUGUGGCUACUGUGCUGUGGGGAGCAUCCCCUAUCCGAGGGCUUAUUCGAGCGACCUCGGAGUACAAUGCCAGCAUGGACUUUGCAGACCUCCCAGCUCUAUUUGGGGCUGCCCUGAGCGAGGAGGGACUCCAGGGGUUCCUUGUGGAGGCCCACCCAGAAAAUGCCUGCAGUCCCAUUGCCCCGCCACCCUCAGCCCCGGUCAAUGGGUCCUAAAUGCCCAGAAAGCUGGGUAUGGUGCAGCUGUGGUACACAAUGUCAAUUCCAAUGAGCUUCUGAACAUGGUGUGGAACAGUGAGGAAAUCCAACAGCAGAUCUGGAUCCCAUCUGUAUUUAUUGGAGAGAGAAGUGCAGAGUACCUGCGCGCCCUUUUUGUCUAUGAGAAGGGGGCUCGGGUGCUUCUGGUUCCAGACAACAGCUUCCCCUUGGGCUAUUAUCUCAUUCCUUUCACUGGAAUCGUAGGACUGCUGGUUUUGGCCAUGGGAUCAGUACUGAUAGUUCGUUGUAUCCAGCACCGGAAACGGCUCCAGAGGAACCGACUUACCAAAGAGCAACUGAAACAGAUUCCUACUCAUGACUAUCAAAAGGGAGAUCAGUAUGAUGUCUGUGCCAUCUGUCUGGAUGAGUAUGAGGAUGGGGACAAGCUUCGGGUACUUCCUUGUGCACAUGCCUAUCACAGCCGCUGUGUGGACCCCUGGCUCACUCAGACCAGGAAGACUUGCCCCAUCUGCAAACAGCCUGUCCAUCGGGGUCCUGGGGAUGAGGAGCAGGAGGAAGAAACUCAAGGGCAAGAGGAAGGUGAUGAGGAAGGGGAACCAAGGGACCAACCUGCUUCAGAGUGGACCCCACUCCUGGGCUCUAGCCCUACUCUUCCCACCUCCUUUGGAUCUCUAGCCCCAGCACCCCUGGUCUUUCCUGGGCCCUCUACAGACCCCCCACCCUCCCCUUCAUCUCCUGCCCUGGCCUGAAACUCCCACACUUGGGACCUCUGGUGAUCUAUUUGCACAAACUCUUCCUCCAGUCUAAUAAGCUGAGGGACGGGGACAUUUCCACUCCAGGUUCUCAAACUGGCCUCAUCCUUUCGAGGUGGCUGGGAACCUUAGGGACAUGGUCUUCACUUCUUGGGUUAAUAAAAGUUUUUGUGGACUAAGAAA